AUGGUCAAACUCACCGAAGUCGAAGACGAACACUUCACCACCGAAAAGCCUAUCCCAACCAAGGAAGCUCUCCUCGUCUCAGAUAACGAAGACGAUGAAGACUUUACCGACACCGAAUCCGAAAUCUCUGAAGUAGACUCAACCUACGACCCCAUCAACGAAACCCUGUACGACCGCAUCGUCGCUCUCAAGGACAUUAUUCCUCCUCAAUCCCGCCGCCGCAUCACAGCCACCAUUGCAGGCCUCUCGGACGCGACAAAGAGUACAUUCUCAUUCAGCGGGAAAGCGUUAUGGGUCAUUUCGACAUCUGCAUUCUUGUUGGGUGUGCCCUGGGCGCUGGCGUUUGCGGAGGAGGAGCAGUAUGUGCAGAUGGAGAGGGAGCAGGGAAUGAUGAGGGGUGCUAAUGAGAUGCUUACUCCCGGCACAAACGCUGCUGCUGCUGCGCUCGGUGCGGCUGGUACUGAACAGCCAAAGGCUGCUCUGUAA